UUCGUUCCAUUCCAUGUUUGAAAUCCGAUUCGUGUUUUGUUUCUAAUCCUUGGUUCUUGCUGGAUGAUCCGUGUCCCUCUUGAGUGUGAAGUGAGGAGAGAGGUGGAGGGGGAAAAGGAUAUGGGACCGUGGCUAUGUUUCCUCGCGUUCUCAGGAUAACCGUGUGUGCGUGAGAGAUUGGGAAAGCUUGGCUUUGGCUAUAAAUUCCCCCAUUUCAAUCACAAUCGGACACUGGGGUUGAAAACAAAACCACUAAAUCAAUGUUCCUAAGGCAAGCUGGCUUCGCUGCGGGAGAUGCGCGCGAACACAAUGCGAGACAACACACUCACUUCGCUUGGAGGAAUACAGCGAUGUAAUAAUAUUACUCUACAAUAAUGGGAAUACUGUCGUGGUGGAUCUUGAAGCAAUACACCCGAACACUCUGCUGCCUGAACCAGUAAUAUUUGUUUUGUUUGCUGUGAAAACAAAUGACUCUGUAAGCGACUGCAGUCUCGUAUAGAACCGUGGGCAUUUUUUUUGCACAAGCGAUGCAUUUUGAGAGGGAGAGAAGCCGGACAUGCCCUAAAUGAAGACGCGGUGCUUGUUUAGUUGCUACAUUACAUUUGUUGCCAGUUUAUAAAUCCACCGGGAUGUGAAAGGAAUUCAUUUCCUGCGUAGAAUUCUCAUGCCCUUUUGCACAUCUGGAUAAGUAAAUUGUUUUGUUUAUUUAAUAUUAAUUUAGUAGUGUAACUAAUUUAAUAUAGGACGCGUGUAAUUAUAGUAUUAUUACAAAUAGCCUACUAUUACUUCCUUAUUACUAGACGACAUCAAAGGACCAGUGUCUGUAAGUCAUUUUUCCAUUCAAAGUAACGUCUGUCCCACUCGUGGAGCCUAUUCAGUAGCUCCCAAUUCAGUUCGUGUCCCUAGAGAAUGUACCUUCUUGACGGUAAUAUAGAAAGGAUGGAGCGAGGAACGCCACAAAGGAAAACAGUGUACCGGAUCUCUCUCACCUUGGUAAAGAAAGAGAGCGUGGAGGAGGAGGAUGGGGUUAGCUGCGGGAGCUCUGGACCACGACGUCUCGAGAACCCCAACGUGGGCGCUUACCGUCGCGAGGUCUCCUCAGAGCUCCAGAGGAGUUGUCUGCUGGAGGAGCUGAAAGAAGUUGAGGAUGAAAGCGACGAGUUCCACUCACACAACUACAUGAGAAAUUUCAGGACAUUCAGCACCGGACAAUUAGAACUUGGAAGGCUUAAAAUGAAAAAGGCACAUCAGUUGAAAAAAGAGUUGAAGGAAACUAGCCCCUCCACAGAGCAUGGUAACAACAGCCAGGCCUCAGAGGAGACCAUGUCACCGCAGAGUCAGAAGAAAUCACAGGGGAUAAGCUGGACACAGGAAAGCGCUGAAACUGACUCAAGGCUUAAGGGGGAUAUUUGCACAGAGACUGAAAAAACCUUGACAACAUCUGCUUCCAACGGUGAGAAUGGGAGUGUUGAUAAGAAGAAAAGACUUCUGAAAGCCAAGAGCACAGAGGACAAGGGCAGUGAUGCUCCAACUAAUGGGGACGGGGGUAAGGACAGGUUGUGUGCGUCCAAAAGUAACGGAAGAGCCGUCAAGGCCUCUCCCGAGACGCCGCCACUGAAGAGCCACCCCAGCCUGCUUCGCCGGAGCUUCAGUUUCCGCCACUGGACGGGUGGCGAACUGCUCCGCAUCCGGGCCCUCUCCAAAGACCAGCACCACAGCAGCUCUGGGUGUGUCGGCCGCGGGGCAGGAACAGCCGGGGACGACAACCAGAACCCCCAGUCCACAGUCCUCCAGAACCCGGCUUACGGCGAGACGGGACCGCCUAAACGAAACACGUUAGAAGUCGGGGCUGUCCUUAACAAGACUGACUCAAUGACGGAGCUGAGCCGCUGGGAACGAGCGAGAGGCAAAAACCGCACAUUGGACAACAGCGAUCUGAUCACUCUUUCCAUGAAGAGUGUGUCAGAGAAGGAGGGGUUUCUGAGAGGCACCGGCUCCCGCUCCAGUGGCUCGGACCGGCGGCUGGUCAGGUUCUUCAGCGGUAUCUUCUCCAGGAAGGAUGGAGGGAUGGUGUCUACCUCUACUCCGGUGGGCAGCCCCAGCACUAACCGCUCCCUCAGGAAGGGGAGGAGGAGCGGCCCCAUGGCCUCCUCCCAGUCCAGCACAGAGAGUGUUAACGGAGGAGGAGGCCUGUUGUCAGAGGAGCUGAGGGUGAAGGGCCAGGAUAUCUCUCUGUUUGUGGAGCUGAGGGUGAAGGGCCAGGAUAUCUCUCUGUUUGUGGAGCUGAGGGUGAAGGCCCAGGAUUUCUCUCUGUUUGUGGAGCUGCUGUUUGUGGAGCUGAGGGAGGCCCUCUCUGUGUCUGUGUGUGACCAGAGGCCCUCUCUGUGUCUGUAUGACCAGAGGCCCUCUCUGUGUCUGUAUGACCAGAGGCCCUCUCUGUGUCUGUAUGACCAGAGGCCCUCUCUGCGUCUGUAUGACCAGAGGCCCUCUCUGCGUCUGUAUGACCAGAGGCCCUCUCUGCGUCUGUAUGACCAGAGGCCCUCUCUGCGUCUGUAUGACCAGAGGCCCUCUCUGCGUCUGUAUGACCAGAGGCCCUCUCUGCGUCUGUAUGACCAGAGGCCCUCUGCGUCUAGGACUCUGUCAUCAAUGUCCAUUGAGGCCCUCUCCGUCUGUAUGACCCCAGGCCCCACUGACCGGCUGGCUGGAACUCCCAGCCCCAAAACAUCAGGCUCUUGA